AUACAGAAGAAAAAAAAGAUAGGAGUCUUACGACGUCGUAUGGAGUUGUGAAAACUGAAAAGAAACGCAAGCUGGUUUGGAAAGAGAAAAGGGAGUUUCCACUUCACCUGCACUUCACUCCACUUCACUGUCUGUCGUUAUUUGUUCACUUCUCACCUCCUCCCAUUUAUUAUACUAUAUACACCCCCCCACCAACACAAACAAAACAAUGCUCACCGACAUGUAGUACACCACAACCGCUUCUUCUUCUUCUUCACAAUCCGAUUUUGUUCCUUUAAUUUCAUAGGGUUCUAGAUGGAUAUAAUUGACGAAAGAAAGGGCGAAUAUGCUCCUAUCAGGGAUUCAGAGCACCCACAAUUGGGAAAAUUUGACAAGCCACUUCCAUGUUUUGGCUGUGGAAUUGGAUGGUUCUCUUUUCUGCUAGGAUUUGUAUGUCCAUUGAUGUGGUAUUAUGCUACAAUUCUUUACUUCGGAAAUUACUACCAUAAAGAUCCGAGAGAGCGUGCUGGACUUGCUGCUUCUGCAAUUGCUGCUCUUGUCUGCUCAAUUGUUGUGGUGAUAACAAUAAUUAUUAUUCUCUUGUAGCUUAACUUUCAAUUUCAACUAACUUAUAUGUAAUCAAUUAGCCAUGAAAAAAAAAGAAAAAAGAAAAAGAAAGUAGCUUCUAAUAUCAGCUUCUACACGAGGAAUACAAGGCUUAUUCAUGUUAGAUCAAGCUCUUGGCAUGGAAAGCUAGUUCAAUUCCAUUUUAUGGGGGCAUAGAGAUGCUUCUUCUAUUCCCUUAUUAUAGGCGUGUGUGUAAUGUAAUAUACACAAAGGAUGUUGUAACUUUAUUUUUUGAAGAAGGUUGUCAACUCUAGUUAAGUUAAUUUGGUAUGCAUGUAACUUUGGAAGUAAUUAGUUGCUAUCAUUAAUUUGUUGCAAAAAUGGAAAAAGAUCCAUCGCUUUCUGUGAUGUGCUGUUCCUUUUUAA